AUGGACGCCGUCCUGGAGCCCUUCCCGGCGGACCGGCUGUUCCCCGGAUCCAGCUUCCUGGACCUGGGGGAUCUGAACGAGUCGGAUUUCCUCAACAAUGCGCACUUCCCUGAGCACCUGGACCACUUUGCGGAGAACAUGGAGGACUUCUCCAACGACCUGUUCAGCAGCUUCUUCGAUGACCCGGUGCUGGAUGAGAAGAGCCCCCUGCUGGACAUGGAACUGGACUCACCCACGCCCGGCAUCCAGGCCGAGCACAGCUACUCCCUGAGCGGUGACUCUGCCCCCCAGAGCCCCCUUGUGCCCAUCAAGAUGGAGGACACCACCCAAGAUGUGGAACAUGGAGCCUGGGUGCUGGGACACAAGCUGUGCUCCGUCAUGGUGAAGCAGGAGCAGAGCCUGGAGCUGCCCGUGGACCCUCUGGCCGCCUCCUCAGCCAUGGCUGCCGCUGCUGCCAUGGCCACCACCCCGCUGCUGGGCCUCAGCCCCCUGUCCAGGCUGCCCGUUCCCCACCAGGCCCCGGGAGAGAUGACUCAGCUGCCCAUGAUCAAAGCAGAGCCCCAGGAGGUGAACCAGUUCCUCAAAGUGACACCAGAGGACCUGGUGCAGAUGCCUCCGACGCCCCCCAGCAGCCAUGGAAGUGACAGUGAUGGCUCCCAGAGUCCCCACUCUCUGCCCCCCUCCAGCCCUGUCCGGCCCAUGGCCCGCUCCUCCACGGCCAUCUCCACCUCUCCCCUCCUCACGGCCCCUCACAAACUGCAGGGGACUUCCGGGCCACUGCUCCUGACAGAGGAAGAGAAGCGCACCCUGAUUGCUGAGGGCUACCCCAUCCCCACAAAACUCCCCCUCACCAAAGCCGAGGAGAAGGCCUUGAAGAGGGUCCGGAGGAAAAUCAAGAACAAGAUCUCGGCCCAGGAGAGCCGCCGUAAGAAGAAGGAAUACGUGGAGUGUCUAGAAAAAAAGGUGGAGACAUUUACAUCCGAGAACAACGAGCUGUGGAAGAAGGUGGAGACCCUGGAGAAUGCCAACAGGACCCUGCUUCAGCAGCUGCAGAAGCUCCAGACGCUGGUCACCAACAAGAUCUCCAGGCCGUACAAGAUGGCAGCCACCCAAACUGGGACCUGCCUCAUGGUGGCAGCCUUGUGCUUUGUUCUGGUGCUGGGCUCCCUGGUGCCCUGCCUCCCCGAGUUCUCCUCCGGCUCUCAGACUGUGAAGGAAGACCCCAUGGCCGCUGACAGCGUCUACACAGCCAGUCAGAUGCCCUCCCGAAGCCUUCUGUUCUACGAUGAGGGGGCAGGCUCUUGGGAGGACGGCCGCGGCGCCCUGCUGCCUGUGGAGCCCCCCGAUGGCUGGGAAAUCAAGCCCGGGGGGCCUGCGGAGCAGGGACCCCAGGACCGCCUCCAGUAUGACCACCUGGACAGCACGCACGAGACCGCUAAGUACCUGAGCGAAGCCUGGCCAAAGGACAUCCGUGGAAAUGGCACCAGCCCCGACUUCUCCCACCCCAACGAGUGGUUCCACCAGAGGGAUCUGGGCCCAAACACCACUAUCAAGCUCUCCUAG